ACAUGAUCAUCACGCCCAGGUGUCUGUGAUAUCACUAUCGCCAGAACUGUAUGCGUUACGGAAAGUUGUAGAGAUGACUGGUGGCACCUUCUCUGUUGCUACUAGUCCUAUACAUUUCAAACGUUUAAUGCAGAAGCAUCUCACGCCACCAAAUUGGGUGAGCUCCCCGAGCUAUAUCAAAAUGGGAUUCCCAGUACGAAGAGCAUGCGAUGGUAACCAUACAGCAGAUCCACCAAUAAAGUGUAUGUGUCACAAUAGGCUACAAAAGACCUUCGUGUACAUUUGUCCACAGUGUCACAGCCCAGUCUGUGAGAUACCAGUUAACUGUCCAGUAUGUAGACUUCCCUUAGUGGAUGAUGAUGCGCUGAAGAAACAUCAUCGACACAUUUACUCUAUGCCAACGUACACCUUACUACCGACGGUAGACUACCCCAAGUCCUAUACAUGCCAAUUUUGUGGAACUGACUUCACAGAGGGCGGCGCUAGAUGUGAUCAGUGUUUGAGUGAUGUUUGCUACGAAUGUGAUAUGUUUGCUCAUAACAAGCUCCGUCACUGUCCUGGAUGCUU